AAACGUGUGUCGCCUUCGGUAGAACCGACGGAUUGCCCUCCUAGAAACAGUGUCGACAUUCGAAUAAUCCUAUCUCUUCUGUACACGUUCAUUUCGAAGACACUUUGAACACGUACAAAACGCCGUUCACGAGUCAGCGUGUGUUGGACCAGCAGCACCGUCGAUCAUCGUGUGUAGCUAUGGUUUCGCGGGCAGUGCGAGAUAUGGUGAAAGAGAAGCCGUGAAGUGAACCGUGUGUGAGUGCAACCAACAGAACUUCAUUAUAUUUCAUAUAUAUACACACACGUACCGCGUAUACACGUAAUAGUGUACGAAACGGAGAUAGUAAACGCGCGCGACACGGGCAGAAAAGGAAAAAGACCACCAGCAGUGACAGAGGAAGAGCAAGUGAGAAAGAUAAAGAGAGAAGGUCGCGACCGAUCGCCGUAACGAUAUAGCGGGUGGAAAAGAGAGAGUAAGCGAGAGAGGCAGAGAUAGAGAAAGAGAGAGAGAGAGAGUUCGAUAGAAGGACGAGGCUCGAGUGUGGAGAAGCGCGACACGGUGAUAGAUAAGUAUCGAGUGACAGACACACAGCCGGAACGAAGGAACGAACUCGUAGUAGGUAGUCGUGGAAACGGAGUGAAUCUCUCCGCGAACCGCGGCAGAGGGUGUACCAAUCGAACGUCACAUUUACACGCGAGAUAAACAACACGCGCUGCCGGUAGUGGCUCGUCGCGGGCGCGAGCUGUUUUCUCUCGCUCCUCAGAGAGGGAGAGGGAGUGGGUUAUAGUGGUGAGAGAUCGUCUCUUUCUCUGAACUGAUAACAACAGAGAAACAACAGAAGUGGAAGGGAAGAGUGAAGAGGGUGAGCCGCGCGUGUCUCUCUCGUGGUGUGUCAUGGGGUGUUUCGGCAGCCAGAGCAGUAAGGCCAGCCAGGAUGAUAGUAAGAACCAGAAGAGGCGUUCAGAUGCCAUCACUAGGCAACUGCAAAAGGAUAAGCAAGUUUACCGGGCUACCCACAGGCUCCUUUUGCUUGGAGCGGGAGAAUCCGGGAAGAGCACCAUCGUCAAACAGAUGAGGAUAUUGCACGUGAAUGGUUUCAGCGAAGCGGAGAAACGGCAAAAGAUCGAGGAUAUCAAGAAGAACAUCAGAGACGCGAUACUGACGAUAACCAGCGCGAUGAGCACGCUAACGCCACCCGUUGCUUUGGAGGACCCAGCGAAUCAGAGCAAAGUCGAUUAUAUCCUGGACGUCUCGUCCUCCCCGGACUUCGAUUAUCCCCCGGAGUUCUACGUGAUCGUCGAGACCCUUUGGAAGGAUCGAGGCGUACAGCAGAGCUUCGAGAGGAGUAACGAGUACCAACUAAUUGACUGCGCCAAAUAUUUUCUAGAUAAGGUAGCCAUUGUUAAACAACCGGAUUACACCCCCACAGAACAGGACAUCCUCAGGUGUCGAGUCCUCACGUCCGGUAUCUUCGAAACGCGGUUUCAAGUCGACAAAGUAAACUUUCAUAUGUUCGACGUUGGUGGUCAACGUGACGAGAGGAGAAAGUGGAUACAGUGCUUUAACGAUGUAACGGCAAUCAUAUUUGUAACAGCAUGUAGUAGUUAUAACAUGGUACUCAGGGAGGAUCCGACGAAGUUGAGACUCAGAGAGAGUCUGGAUCUCUUCAAGAGCAUUUGGAACAAUCGGUGGCUCCGCACAAUUUCCGUAAUCUUAUUUUUAAACAAACAGGAUCUAUUGGCGGAAAAGAUAAAAGCAGGGAAGCACAAAUUAGAAGACUAUUUUCCAGAGUUUGCGCGCUAUCAGACACCGGUUGAAGCCGGUGUAGUGACGGACCCUACGGAACCUCCUGACGUUAUAAGGGCCAAGUACUUCAUUAGAGAUGAAUUUCUUCGUAUAAGCACAGCGAGUGGAGACGGCAAGCACUAUUGUUAUCCGCACUUUACAUGCGCCGUCGAUACGGAGAACAUCAAGAGAGUGUUUAACGAUUGUCGGGACAUCAUUCAACGGAUGCACUUGCGCCAGUAUGAGCUCUUGUGACUUCGUUCCUGCCGACAUGUCCUGUCAUCUAUUCGUAUAAAAAUUACGGUAGUGCUCCACCUUGAGCUAA